UGGUACGACUUCACGUGAAAAAGGGCGAUGAGAGUCAAUUCCUUUACGAAACACAUGUCGAUGCUAUGGUGGAAGACGUUUUAUACGAGGUCACCAUAAUUUACAACGGCCGUUUGAAAAUUUUAAGAAUAUGUUACGGUAAUCAAUCUUGAGAGAAUAUAAUUAUAAUUAUUCUUCAGAGAAGAAGAAUCGUAUCGAAUAUAAGAGUGUAACAACACAUUGCGUUUUCGAAUUACACAACGUUAAUUUACAACAACAACGCUCACUGUAGAUAACGUUAUAAUUCAUUCACACGUAUAAGAUCGAUGAUUUCGUUUAAAUUUCUUUCAAAAAUAAAAAAAAAAAUAAAUAAAGAAAAACACAUAAUACGAAGAUCUACGUGCCGGUAAAUAAGACCCUACGGGAAUUUUCUUAUCAUUCUAAUAAUUUCUUUUUCCCCCAUAUUUUACCAAUAGUUGCAUUGAUGUUCGUUAACAUAUAUCUCUAAGAGUCCUACUAAGAAUAUUAACGCGAGAAAUCCAUUAACGAUUAUCUUGGAGGCUUCACCUGCUGUUUGUAAUAAGCCGCACGUAAUAAGAAGUCGAGUUUCGACUUUAUGAACCUAUUCAUUCUCGGCGCCAUGUGAUAUUAGUCACACGUCUCGCCGGGAUAAUAAUUAUUAGUUGGUGUGUUACGCUUAAUUGGCCUUCGUCCGAUUCUCUCUUCUCGUUAAAUCGAGGAUCUUGCUAAGCAUGGCACAAUGUUACCACCAAACAUAAUGGGACUUACGGAGGAACAAGUUGAAGAGCUUAAACUCAAAGACGAAUGGGGUGAAAAGUGUGUACCCAUGGGUGGAUGGACAUUUAACAAGGAUGGUGUAGGUCGAAGGAAUGGCCGUCAACCGAACGAGAAAAUGCAACAGAUCUUGAAGAAUACCGUGGAAGAUGCUAGAGCCAUGAUAUCUAAGAAAUUGGUGCAACAAGAUAAACUGCUCACGCAGAAAAUCAUUCAAGAUGCGCUCGAUAUACUUAGGGGAGCCGUCACGAUAGUUUAUCCAAUGGGUUUACCACCUCACGAUGUUAUACGCCAAGAAUUUGAGAAUACCGAGAAUCUUACUGGAACUCAAGCCUCUUUAGAGGUAAUAGACAUAAGUUUAGCGCAGUUAUGGUUUUCCGGUAAAGAAAUGAUACAGGGAAAAAAGUUGAAGAACUUCUUAGGCUCAAACGAGAAGACGAAAGUCAUCGUGAAAUUGCAAAAAAGAGGAGCUGGUAUGCCGGGACGAGAACCUUUGAUGUCGGAAGAGGAACGAAAGUUAUUGAUGUUGCACGCCUACAAACGACAGGAACAGAUUAAGGUAAGUACUUCUUAUUUAAAAAAAUUUUUUAUACAUAUUUUUCUCCAUACGUCUACAAAAGAAGCAUUGCGAGUCUUAGUCCGUUCACCUUUGAACGAUAAGCUGUAUAAUAUUUAAUACGAAUUUCUUGAUUAAGUUGGUACCUAACUUAUCGACCAUAUAGAUAUAUAGAACCCUUAGUAUCGAUUUUAUUUCUCGUAACUACCCUAUAGCUAUUUUUCAUCAAGGUACGAUGUUACCAUCGAAAUCGAGAUGAGUCACGUUGAUACGAGCAAAUGCUAACGCUACUCUUUGAAUCAAUCAUGCGUGUUUGCUCUUAAGAUGCCCUUUUUAAAAUAAGCUAAGCAGAUCUGAAUGUCUUACGUUUCUUAUAUAUAUAUGCAUCGAAAUAGCAUACAAACAAACUUGUCACGUUUGUUUUUCUUUUUUGUCUUUAAACUGAGCUUAGUUUUUGAACUCAACACAGAGAGCUUAUAUAAAUAAUUAUGUUUGUAUUCCCUUUACGGGAAAUCACAGAUCCAAUUAUUACUAUUUUAUUAUUAUUAUAUAAUUAUUCGAAUUUACGCUUAGAAACAUAACAUACAUAUAUAACAUAACACAACAUAUAUUGUUCGCUCCGUAUUAAUAAGAAAAGUCUGAGAAAGAUGAUAUCAAGAAGGAUUCUUGAUCUUACGUCAUCGUCGUCCAUUUUGAAAAAGUUUUAUUAAUACACCCCUAUCCCCUAUAUCCUUCUACUCGAAUUCUUCUCAAAUGAUAUUUAUUUUUUGUGUAUUUCAAAUACAACGUUCGUUUUCCUUCUUUUAUAAUGUGAAAGAAGAUAAAAAUAGAAAUAGAAGAAAAAUCAUUAUCACAGCAUCUUCGUCGAAGAUUGUUGAAGAACAGUUUCUAGGAAAUCAACCUACGUACAAUAACGAACGAACGUUCUUAGGACUUUUUCAUUGAGCAUCAAUCAAUAAUAAACUUCUCGUAAGGGAGAAAAUAUUACGAAUUGUUUAGAAUGAUAUUUCUGAUAACUAAUUUUGGUACAUUAUUUUUUAUUUAUUUUAUAAGUCAAAGAAUAUCAAAUGUACUCUCUAUUAUCUCUCAAUUCGACAAUCACUUUAAUUAAUAAUACGUAAUGCAUACUCUCUCUCUCUCUUUCUCUGCAAUUUGCCUUUGCAUCGCCCAUCGUCAAUUAAUUUCAUCUCAUUACUCCAUGAAAUUAAGCGUUUUACCACAUCUCUAGCUUCACUUCCCCAUGCUCUUGAAUCGAGGGUGGAAGAGAGAGAAAAAGAGAAAGAGAGAGAGAAAGAGACAGAGAGAGUACCAUAACAAAGAUUUUCUCGUAAAACGGUCACGUUUUCUUGGAGCCACAAGGGAAAUUGCCAACUCGUGAAUCUUCAUGAACGUCACGAAAGAGGGUGAACCACCAAACUAUUAGGUAAAGCUAAUUAUACAUAUUUCUUUUUUUUUCUCUUUUUUUUUUUUCUAAUCUUCCCAGCAAUACGUAGAUAUUUAUAUAAUCUUGAUCAUUCGGGUAGAAAACACGUAAUGUUUUUAUAGAAAGCUAUCACAUCGAAUGUUUCCUUUUAUCUCCUCUAUAAAAAAUUUAUUUCCUCAACGUUUACUAUAAAGAAACAAUAUCUUUCGACAAUGUACAAGUUAAAGUCGAAGCCGGAGUAUACAAUGUUAUGGUUGGAAUAUUUUAAUUACAUUUUUAGAGAGGUUCAUUAACCAUUUUCGAUCGAUGCUUUGAAAAUGUUCACGCAGUUUCACUUUUAAUUUAUUUAUUUUAUCAAAAUUUAAUGUAACAUUUGUUUUUGUUAAAAGAAAAUAAAAAAAAGGGAAAAAGGAAAUAUUUAGAGACGUGAUCUUGUAGUAAAAUUGACAUCGUGGAUUGCUAAUUUAACUUAAAAUUUCUUUUGAGAAGUUACGCCAAAUCGAUUUUUUUUGACUCUUAACUCCACUGCGUAUAAUAUUUUAUGGGAGCCACGUAGAGUAUGAGAAAUCAACUAAUUAGAGGGCGGAACUUUGCUCGGAAUAUUAUCUCUCUCUAUCUGUCUCUCUCGCUCCCUCUCUUGGUGACGUAGGAAAGGCUAGUUCGUUGAUAUGUAUACAAAGCAGCUAUUAAAGUAUAAGUGUUCGCACGAUCUAUAAUAGAAAGCGAUGGUAUUGCGAUAUUGAUCAAAGAGAGAGAAAGAGAGAAAGAGAGAAAGAACGAGGUUCGAGUUCUCUUUUGUGACGGACGACCGAACUCUCGUAUUAAUAACGCUAUAAUGAUUUUAGUCGAAAUCUAGACUAACUUUCCUUCAAAAUUUUUUUACCCAUUUACUCUUAAUUAAAACUCAGACAAAGCUAUUACAUGACUCACCAAAAAUAAAUGAAAGGUUUUAUUUCUUUGAUAUAUAUAUAUAUCAAAAUAAAAUCUAAUCUCAUUCAAUUAACAAAAAAGAAAAAAAUAAGUAAAUUAAUUAAAUAUUUUUUUUAAGUCAAUUUAAAUAGCCUUUUGUAAUCCAUCAGAUUAGAUAGUAAAUAAUUCAUCGAAUGUAUGUAUGAAGAAAAUAAAAAAGAUCAAUUAAUCGAUUUAAUUUGCAUUACUAAUAUUAGAUUUACUUUCUUGGCGAUUUAGAUCUCUCUCUCUCUCUCUCUCUCUCUCUCUCUCUCUCUCUCUCUCUCUCUCUCUCUCUCUCUCUCUCUCUCUCUCUCUCUCUCUCUCUCUCUCUGCAAUUGUCAGAUUAGCAACGACGACUCCUGAUAUCUCGAUGUAAGUACAUGUCUCUCGGAGAAAUGCAAUUGACAGGACACACUCGGCCUCGACCCACAUACGUCGCGUGCUAGUGACGAUAUAAACGCAUUUAUUUCGAUUUUUUCGCUGGUUAAAUCGAUAAUAAUACAAUAAGAUUAAUAUCGACGUAACAUUUGUCAUUGAAAUAAUGACAGUUUUGUUGGAAAUAUCGAUACA